AUGUACGGCAGUCAACCCCCUCCUCAAUCCUACUAUCAAACCGGGCCGCCUGCUUCAUAUCCUGAAUGGCAGCAGAGCACGCCGGCAGAACAUGCGCCGCCAUGGAGAGUAUCACAGGCGUCUCCCCCGCCGCCCACCCAGCCUCCUUCCGCAACGCCCCAACCGACGGCGUCCUUGUAUAACCCGAAUAUGUACGGGCCUAUGCCUGGUUCCACGGCUUCUCCCGCACCUGACCACGUUCAGCAAUCUCAAGCGCCUCCUCAUAUACCAUCGCCGAACAUAGAUACGUCGAGUUGGGGGCCUCGUCCAGAAAGCGGACUUGGUCAACCACAGUUCCAAUCGCAUCUAGGACAGCAGCCGAUGUGGAACCCAGCGCAGCCUCAGCAAUCUUAUUAUCCUCCAAACUUACCUACGCAUUUCCCUGAACAGCAACAGCAACAGCAACCGCAGCCGCAAGCGCCGCAAUAUUGGCAGCCUCACCCAUAUGCGGAUCCUAAUUCUGGCAUCAACCAGUCAAUCCCCCCCAAACCCCCGCCAAUACCGCCUGCAUAUCAAGCAGAAGUGCAGCAGCAGCAACACCAACAGCAGCAACAAGCCCAGAAUUGGCCAAAUGCACCGAUCUACUCAGCCCACCCGUCAACGCAUCACUAUGACCCGCCCCAGCACCACCAACAGCAGCAGCAGCAGUCACCAGUGCCGCCUCCGCCUCCUCCCGCGGCGCCUCUUCCCCUAUCACAACCUCAACUUUCCGUGACUCAAACGGGACAUGCAGAUUCCAAGGACUCGGACAUUUUCGGCGGCGCGCCCCCUCAACACAAUGUUGCUGAGGAGCCUUCUACCUUUCCGCCGAAUGAGUCGUCCCUCCCACCACCAAUUUCGUCUGCUCCUGACCCAAUCGUGACCGCUGCCCCAGAUUACAUGUCACCACCUGUCCUCGCGCCGACAUUACCGGUGACAACACAACCUCCAACUUCAGCAGCAGGUGCUUCCGCGUUGGGCUUAGGGGGACCUUCUGAUUGGGAACAUUUUUCUUCUGGCCAAGAGGAAGUGGACGACACAGAAACAUUCAAUUUCAAAUCACAAAAGCCACCUCAUGAAGCGGGUACAUUUGAGCUUGCCUCCGACAUUCCUCCAAUCACUACUCGGCCGGAGACACCGAAGCCAGCCUUACAGCCCCCAGUGUUAUCUACACCUAUAGAGCAGAAUCAAUCACAAUCAGAUCGUGUCUCGCCCAUUUCGUCUGUCGACUUUAGGACUCAACCUCCGGCCCCUUCCCAACUUCAGCACGAGGACCGCAUGAAUAGCGUAGACUCCUUUUCGAGUGUCGUGUCAGCAGAAGAUAGCACAGGGCAAAUCGACAAUGUCAUAAAGCAAUGGUCACAGCCCAUAAUAACUGAAAAUACGCCGCCUGCUGAAACGGAACAACCGCCGAAACAGGAACCUCCUGCUCCAGCCAUUUCCGAGCCUGCUGCCGAUCGUGUAGCAACCCCUAUACCCCAGCUGCAACCUUCGUUGAUUCAAGCGUCCCCAAAAAGCACUUCGCCAGUGCAAUCCAAAGUUGAGCAGCCUUUGACCCAAUCGGUCACGACUAUCGCCGAUCCCUAUGCUGACCUUGACCCCUGGUAUAAAUCAUCGUUGACGCGAUAUGUCACCAUGUUACGAAAGGAAAUGGCGACUGAAUCGGAAAGCGAAAAGUUUAAACUUUUUACUGCGUUUGUGACCAAAGAGUUAAAAUUACGGGAAAUCCUCUAUAACGUGGAAGUUAUUCCGGAAAUUGUUAAAAUUAAGCCGACAGAUGGCUCUGAAGGUACAAAACCUGCCGAAUCGCCUAAAGAGCGUAGCAAGCCUGACCUAGAACGGCUUGACACCGAUUUACCAAUACCAAUAGACCUUGAAGACGACGUUAUCACUUACAGUCCGGGUGGUCGCCCCGUGCUGGGCUCUUCGUUACGACGUAAAACGGGGGAAAGACAAGCCAACACAGGCCUCCAACGUUCAGCGUCCAAUCCCACACCUCCCGCACAAAGUCGAACCCGAGCCGACACCUUGAAUGUUGGCAGCAAUGUUGGCAGCAAUGUUGGCUCUCCUAUAGUAACUGAACGUCCAAAAUCAGAGUUACCAAGGGCAACCUCAGUGCCUCCCGGGCGGUCACCCAUGAUCAAUCCCGAAACACCCGCUGCAUAUACCCCGUUUCGGUACCAGGAAGGCCCACAGAGAGGUUCACAGCCGCUUUCCUUUGAACGCCCAGCAUAUCAAGCUUACUCCGCUCUAAGGCAGGCAUCAGCAGAAAGUGGACGGACAAUGGCACAGCCAACCUUGCAACCGCGUCGAAGCCCGGAUACAUUGGGAGUAUCUCGUCCAGUCAGGGCAGAACACGAUGAAACUUUCUUGAGCUUGGUUCGGGAAAAAAGCGUUGCAUAUCGAGGGAAACGACCAGGAACUAGUUUACCAAAUAGACCUCCCACUGCGGAUCCAUUCAAGAAGGGGAUUACAACAGUAAUUUUAGAAGAUAUUCGAACCUUGGUUCCCUCGUCACGACCCAAUCCGGCUGCGGACAAACGAUUGUCCUCUGUUCGAGCUGAGUUAGAAAAUUUCCCUGAUAAUUUCAAUUUCGUAGAAAAGAGCCUAGAGGCAUGGGACCGUGGAGCGAACGCAAGACAAGUCCAAAUUGAUAGUCAGCGCCGAGCACGUCAGGAGGAAUCGGAACGCCAUAUUGACAACCUUUUCAAUGACAAGGAGAUUGGAUACUCUGAUAUCUCCGUUUUGGAAACAGAAUUUAAACAAACUGAGGCCCAAAAGCAACUCAACGAGGAGAGGAAAGAGUUCGAUAAAUUUGUGGAAAUCGUGUUUACGCGGGUGGACGAACGACUUAGGGCUGAGAUUGCAAGCCUUGAAAGCCAUUACAGAGAGGCUCUGGACCUUCUUAAAUCCGAACCGGAACCUGGAUCUAAAUCUAAACUUGGAAGGUUUCACUUGUCGUAUGUGAUGAAGGAUGCCAUCGACAUGUUCCGAAAAAUUGAAAUGCGCCACGAAAAACGGGUUCAAGCUGUCCUGGAACGAGAGAGAAGGAAGAAAAAGGUAGAGCGCCGCUAUUUUGUGUUCCUCGGUGAUUCACCAGCCUUGAAGCAAAUGGAUAAGGAUUUUGACGCCGCCGAAAAGCGCAUUCUUCUUGAUGCCGCAAAGGCCCGGGAUGACCGUGCAAACCAACUCAUGGAUGUAUUCGAUGAGGCGAGUAUUCGUGGAAUUGGCGAAAACCAAAGUAUCCUUGACGAUAUUUCUCUUAAAGUCGAAAAGCUCGACCCUAGCCUGGUUAAUGAUAUGCACAGCUUGCCACAGGAAGCUCAAGGCAUCCUUGAAUCAGCUUUGGAAUUUGUCCAAUUCCUCGGAAGCGAUUCGGAGUCCAUUCUCUCCAGCUUUGGAAUGGCGGACCGGCUGUUGAAUAACGCCGAUUACGAGGUUUCUGUUGCAGAAGCCAAAGUCGCCAAUGCUAGCCCUGAUAUUUUCCGCCGUCUCGAGGAAGAAAAGAAGAAAGAAGACCAGAAAAUCGAAGAUGAUCUGAUGUCCAGAAUGUCCGAUGUGCGGACCGGACAUCAGGAGAUAUUGAAAACCGUCAACGACGUGCUGAGCCAAAUGCAGAAAGCAGACACGGUAUCGAGUAUUGGCGAUGUAAGUGGAGGAGAAUACGGACCUGCGACGGGUCCUGGGACAGAAUCGGCUGGGAGUCUCACACUGGAAUCGAUUCAGGCCGCAACUCCGGUUUCGCCUUCGGGCCCUUCUGCUGCUCCAGAAUUGGUGGAGGAGCAAGGCCAGCAGGAGCGCCUCCGGAAGGCGCUUGAGGAUGCGAAACGGAGGAACGCGGCAAAGCAAGCUCCCCCUUCCUAG